UCAAGAGAAAGGUCCCAAAUACCGCCGCCCUACGUCACGUCGGACACUGAAAGCUCACUGGUCACAUUCCUGAUUGCGUGGCCCCCGAAGGCGGAAGCGAGGCGUCUCUGUGAUGUGACGAGAGCAAGAUGAUCGCGGAUCUGUUGAUAUUCGGGACCUUGCUGGUGAACGCAGGGGCUGUGCUGAAUUUCAAACUCAAAAGGAAAGAGACCCAGGGAUUUGGAGAUGACUCCAGAGCACCAACAACAGGUGACAACAUCAGAGAGUUUCUACUCAGCCUGCGAUACUUUCGAAUUUUCAUCGCUCUGUGGAACAUCUUCAUCAUGUUCUGCAUGAUUGUGUUGUUUGGAUCAUGAUCCACAUUUUGCAGGGACCAGAAUCCCUCCUUUUUCAAGAUGGACACUCUGAACUUCUCCUUGCUAGAACUUCUCCUUGAUAGAACUUGUCUGUUGCUUUGGCCAUUUAAACAUUUAGCUCCAUUUUCUUCAGCACCUCAAAUUCAAAAUCUCCUUCUGGCUGUACAGGAAUUUAUAAAUCGCUGUAUUUAUUUUGUCUCAUAGAAGAUGUCACUUUUCUUUUUUCUGUUUAAGCUGUAACUAUAGGAACAACCCUGCCCUCUGCUGGACAUGUGACGUAAUGUGCCCUCUUGCUUCAGAACAGAACAUGGGACGUUUUCUUCUUUACAGUGAUGGGCAGCCUUCAAUAACAGGAUAGAAAAUGUUUUUCACUUGAGGAUCCCAUUCUGUCCUAAAACCUCACAUUCAUCUACUGUAGAGCUGGUGGAGAACCAUUGACCUCAAUGAUAAUUUUCCUAAAUUUUUUCCCCCCUUACCUUCUAAGGCAGGCAGAUAUCGGCUGGAUCCAACAUACAAGUCACAAUGAUCUCAGCCGCUGUAUGAUAUGAUAUGAUAAAUGGCUCUAACAUCAUCAAAUUUACCUGCUGUUAUGUGCAGCCUCUCAGAUAAACAAUGUAAUCUCCUUUUGUUCUGGGUCACCUGUGCUGUAAGUAAAAGUAUCUGCACUAUAAUGUAAAUGUGUCCUUAUUCUUAACAAUUAAAAUACAGUUUCUUA